GCAGGACACAAGAACCAGAAAAGAUGGUGGCCCCCUCUGAGCUAGAACAUUCCAUGGAGAAAAUGCUGUUGACUUUCCACAAGUUUGCAGGAGAGAAGAACUACAUGAACCGGGACGACCUGCAGAAGCUUCUGGACAGCGAGUUCUCAGAGUUCCUGAAGAACCAAAACGACCCCAUGACUGUGGACAAAAUCAUGAAGGACCUGGAUGACUGCCGCAAAGGGCAAGUGAACUUCCGCAGCUACUGCUCUCUCAUAGCCGGCCUCCUCAUCGCCUGCAACGAGUAUUACGUCAAACACAUGAAAAAGAGGUGAAAGAGGGGAGAGCGCCUGAGGCCUCGAUGCCGCCAAACUCGCCAGAGCACCGCCCUCACCGCAGCCAAUAUUCAAAUUCGCUCAGCAGCCACUCCCACUGUCCCCUGAACAAAUGCACAAUAAACUCUAAACUUGUGGUUUUUUUUGCUAUUUGCCUUUCAGUUUCCUCCUUAUUUCCUCUAUUCCAGAUUUAUGGAAUAAAUGGACCAGUGUCAUCAUCAUUAAAGGGAAUAUAACCACA